UUGGGUCUGCUUCAGCUCACUCAGUGACAACAUGGAACAACAAUUAACAGAUCUGUGCAACCACACUAAAAUAGUAGUAAUGGCUCAAGGAAGAGGAAGGAUUCUGAAGAUGCUGUUCCUGUUGAUACUCUGUCUGCAAGACUUCACUGGUCAAUGCCAAGUUUCAGGCCAGCCCUCUGACCUGAGGAUAGUUCUGCUGGGAAAGACUGGAGCAGGGAAGAGUGCAACAGGAAACACCAUCCUGGGGAGAGUAGUGUUUAACGUGGAGGCUUCUCCAGUGUCUGUGACUGCACAGAGUGAAAAACAGAGUGGAGUGAUGGAUGGUAGGAAGAUUGAUGUCAUCGACACCCCGGGACUCUAUGACACUAACAUGUCUCCAGAAGAGAUGACAAGUGAAAUAGUCAGGUGUGUAGAGGAGUCAGUCCCAGGACCUCAUGCCUUCCUGCUGGUGAUCAGACUGGGGAGGUUCACAGAGGAGGAGCAGAACACUGUGAAGUGGAUCCAGGAGAACUUUGGAGAAGAAGCCUCAAUGUACACCAUCUUGCUGUUCACACAUGGAGAUCAACUGAAGGGCAAAUCAGUGGAGGAGUUUUUGGCUGAGAGCAAAGAGCUACAGAAACUCAUCAAUAUCUGUGGGGGCAGAUAUCACUCCCUAAACAAUGACAAGAGAAGAGACAACACUCAGGUCCCAGAGCUGCUGAAGAAGAUAGAGGAGAUGGUGAAGAGGAAUGGAGGACAACACUACACCAACGAGAUGUACCAGGAGGCCCAGAGGAAGAUCAACGAGGAAAAGGAGAGGAAGAGACAGGAAGAGGAGAAGAUAAAGAGAGAGAGGAGACAGGAAGAGGAAGAAAGCAGAAGAAGAGAAGAGAAGAUUGACUGA